AUGGAAGAGCCCAGCGCCGAAGUGCCGCAGUCUGAAGCCUCGGCCGCCGGCUGCGCGCCGGCCGCGGGAUCCGAGGACGGCGCCGACCCAGCGGACGCGGACGAGUCCGCGUCGCCAGGCGGACCUGAGCCGCUGGUGGACCUGAGCGUGUGCCUCCCCGAGGACAUCCUCAACGCGCGCCUUCUUCCUGGCUGGGAGGUCGCGGUGGACCCCAGCACCGGCUACCCCUACUACGCCAAUCGCGCCACCGGGCAGUCGCAGUGGGAGCCGCCCGUCGAGGAGGCCCCCCCCGCCGGGCCAGAGACGGGUCUCGAGGCCAACGCCCGCCCCCGUCACCCCGCGGGCCCCGAGCCUGGCCCCGGCGCGGCUGGCCCCGGCGCGCUGGCCCUCCAGGUGCACUACCCGCAGUCCGCCGCAGAGCACUUCUCGGAGAGCUUCGCCCACCGCCUCCGCUGGGCCCACGCGGUGAACUCGAAGCGGAGGCUGCGGGGCGCGCUCGCAGCCUCCGCCCACUUCCUCGAGGCCGACGUGGCGGCGGGGCCGCUGACGCCCGCCGCGCAGCUCUACGAGGCCCCCCCGGUCAGCCCCGGCGGCGACCUGUCGGCACCUCCGCCCAUCCAGGCACCCUCUCGGAGGGGCGAGCGGGGCAGGCUGAGCGGCGCCGCGCCGACUCAGGAGACCACCUCGGUGCUGACGGCGAGCCAGCAGUCGGUCAUCAUGGCGCACUACCCCACGGAGGGGUCCAGCGACCUCAGCCUGGAGCGCUUCGUGAGCGCGGUGCUGCGCCACAACGAGCGGCUGGACUCGGGCAGAGACCAGCACGACAUCUGGUUUGCCGAGGACGUCGUGGACUGCGAAGCGACGCCGACUGGCGGGGCGUCCUCGUCCGUUUCCGGCGCCACCGAGGGCGGCCCUUCUCUCGGGGCGGGCGCUGGCCAUCCGAUGGCGUCCCGGCGGCGCCAGCCAGUGCUGGACGUCGAGCCGAUAGGCAGCGCCAAGGACGAGGCCGUGGCGUUCGCCAAGGACCUGACGAGGGAGCUGGACGACCAGGCCAAGGUGAAUGGCCGAGUGCUGACCGCGUGCGUCGGGUCUCGGAGGGACCACUCCUCGGCCAACUCCCAGACGAGGCGGGUCCGCAAGGGCAUCAAGCUCGACUUCAAGCACUUCGACUGCGUGGAGCCGACGAUCAGAUACCUCCGUGAGAUCGACGCCGCUCGAAGGCUGGGGGGCCACCUCUGGCUGAACGCGGACGUGCUGGCCGGGCCGGGGGCGCUCCUCUCGCCGCUCAACGCGAAGGAGUUCGUGAGGCUCUGUGCCGAGCAGCUCCCGGAGGCGGUGCUGUCGCUGAGUUGGGGGGCGUCCGUCAUCUCGACCACCAGGCUCUACACGAAGGAGAUGGUGGAUCGGAUGAUCGAGCUGUGCAUGGAACCCUUCGUGAAUCAGUCCGCGGCUGGCGACCAGGAGGAGGUCUGCCUGACUCCAGCGGCCACAUGUAACCACAUCACCUUCGCCAUCGCUGCAGAGUUCGCGCUUGCCUCCUCCGAGCAGUUGCGCCGCUUGCUUAACAGCGUGCCAGGUUCAUCCUUGACAAUAUUUUCCGGAGUUGGGUCCCUGGGCAUCACGCCGGCGUACGUGCAGGAGCUCGUGGUCACGUACGGGAAGACCCGUUGCUUCCUAGAUCUGAGGGUGUCGAAGCCAUGGCGCUCGUGCACCACCGGCAACGCCUGCUCUGUGCAGUGA